ACCCAAAAUGAAUCUUUCCUCACCGGAAUUAUCGAAAGUGAUGUAUUGAGUCUUUUUUCUGGUCUACUGGUGCUAAUGUUUAACAGCCUUCUUAACUCGGGUAUUGAACACAACGUCUUGAACGGUCUAAUUUGUGAAAAAACCUUUUAUUUUUCUUGCGCUGAUCGGAUUUAUGAGUUAUUUCGCUCUCGUAUCUCUGAUAUUCAAGAUGGACCUGAAUGCAUCGACAGUCUACUUGAACCUUCUUUAACAGUCCCGGACAAAGCUUAUCUUGGCGAGUCAUUACUUCCACUUCUCAGAUUAAUUUCAUUUGAGCACAGUUUCACACAGGCCAUCUUUAUGGCAAGCAACAUUUAUUUAACUUCGGAUUCCAAGUUUUCUUCUAUCCUUUGUGUGCAAAGAAUACUUUUUCGCCAAUAUAUGACUCAUAAUGCUACUCUUGAAUUUUCGGACAAAGCUGUUUUGUAUUUUGAUAAUUUGGAUGUCAUCAGUGAAGAAAGUCUACAAACACCUGUUUUAUCGAAAGAGAAUUAUAGUGAAAAGGGCACUCUUCUUCUUGAGUUGGAACAAUUUACAUUACCCAGAAUUUUCACUCUUUGCCUAGAGCAUUACAAGCUGUGCAUGAGCUUCUGCCAUUUUGAUUUAGUGGAAGAAUUUUUGAUUGAUGACUGGCUUGGUUGCCAUAUCAAUGAAUCCCAUUCCCACACUCUUGCUGAGAAAAGAAAGUUCACGAAUACCGAAGUAUUGGUAAUCGGUUUGAAGUGCCUACACUUGGCCGGCAUCUGCCUUUUUACCUUCAGGCAGCAGUUUCGAAAUAAAAAGAAUGUCGCUACUUGCUCAUCGAUAGUUUGGCUCGAUGGGUCCAGGCUUUCUCCUGUGGAGGCUGAAGCCAGGCUCGCUCAAGCCUGGUCAGGCUUCGCUAUCAUUCAGCUGCGUGCAUCUUGCUUUGUAGCCACUCACAAGACACUAUCUUCAGAGUUUAACAAUUCUCCUCUAGAUCUUGCUCCCUCAAGUGGUAUGUUUAGGAAAUGCUUACGUUCACAGUGCUAA